AAACCACGACCCUGACCCAACAACCCAUAAUAUCACUCUCAACUUUGUUCUCUCCAGAAAUCUCCUCAUCACCCUCUCUCUCUCUCUCACCGACCUUGCCAGAAGAAAUCUCUCUUCUCUAGAUUCCGUCCAAAAUUUCCCAGACUCCCAUCUGCAGGAUCAGCUCGAAGAAAUAUGGCUGUUUUUGUGCUCUUUUCAGUGCUUUUCUUGGCUUUGGUUGGCCUUUCAAGAGGGGCAUCCUGUGUGUGCAAAGCUGGGGUGGGUGAUGCUCAGCUUCAGAAGAGCAUAGAUUAUGCUUGUGGGAAUGGAGCUGACUGCUCUGCUAUAGCGCAAGGUGGGGCCUGCUAUCAACCAAACACCCUCUUAGAUCACUGCAGCUAUGCUGUCAACAGCUAUUAUCAGAAGAAAUCUGCAACUGGAGCUACCUGUGAUUUUUCUGGAACUGCCACUAUUGCUACUUCAUCAACCCAAAGCAAUGGAAUUUGCAGCGCUGGCACGGCUAGUGGAGGCACAUCUACCUCAACCCCGACAAAUACCUCCCCAACUUCUGGUGGGAGCACCGGAACCGGGAUUGGGACUGUACCCGGGACAGGAGCAGGGACAGGCACCGGGAGUACAGGAACAGGAACAGGCACCGGGAUAGGAACAGGCACCGGGACAGGAACAGGAACAAGCACCGGGACAGGAAUAAAUGGUAAUGUAAAUCCAACGUUUGGUGGCGGUGUUGGUGCGGGACUUGCACCAACAGGAGGGAUUACCACAACCACAGACGGCAGUUCAGCGGCCGAAUCUCACCCUAAAAGCACCGGCUUCUUGAUCGCUCUAUCACUAGUGGCAUUGAGCUUUUUUGCCUUUGCUCCUCCUCUAAUGGCUUCUUUUUGAAAGAAGGAAGAACACUGGGGUGUUUUUUGAUUCCUUCACAGGACCAUAGACUUUGAUUCCCUCUUUCCACAUAUGAUCUCUUUCUCUCCAUUUCCACCUUUACGGUGGAAAAGAUGGAAUUUGAUUCCCCGUAUGGUGGAACUGUUCUGGGAGGGUAGUACUAGUAGAUGCAUUAUUAAUAUUUAGUAUAAUAUUAUUUAGUACGGACCACUUAUCAAGACAUAUCUUCUCAUUCCUUCUUUUUGAAAUAUUCCACUACUACUGUGUUGUAUAUUAUCUAUGGUGACAAUAGAGAGGCAGGCUGUAUUUUUAUAUUAUUCUCCCAUGGGAAACAAAUUUGACCACUAGCUAGUAGCUACUAUAAUGAGAGACUCACUAUCCCUUUUCAUUGUGUUCUUUCAUUUCUCUCACUCCCUAAAUGAGUAAUAAUACUAUGUAGUACUGC